AUGCGAUCAACAUAUGCCAAGAAGCUAAACACCAGCACAAUGUCAUCAGUCGAGUCAACGGAGAGGAUAGAGCUACUUCUGAGCAGUCUAGAGAGGAACCUUGAAACUUUUAGAUCAGCUCAUGAUCUUUUAAAUCUCAGUAAAGAUCUCCUACAAAAUGAUAAUAUACCGGACCAAGCCAACAUACGAUUAACGAAAAGAAACUACAUCGUUGACUCAUUCAAGUUAGACAAGUCCCAUAAAGAGUACAAGAACUGGGAGAGCGAAACUAGACUUCGAUUUAUCAAGAAUGACAUUGUCAAUUAUAAUCAAGUCGUGGCAAAAAUAGCAAAAGCCAAUCAGAAGUUGAAUGAGUCUAGCAAUACCUAUGAAACGUUAGCAAAAACAAUCCAAAUUCCAGAUUUCACGGUAAGUAUCGAAACCUUGGAAAAGUAUGGAGACGAAAAGUUGCUAGAGCUUGGUAAACUGUACGGUAUAGCAAAUUUGCAGCUAGUACAGUUGUUCUCCCUCAAUGCUGACGAUGAGACUAAACUAUUUCCUGAAUUUUCAAUCAUACAAGACUUGAUCAACAUAGAGUUUAGAUUGCGGGUUGAAAGAAGAGUGCAUUUGGAAAUAUUGAUGUUGAUGAAGAACAAAAUGCAAUCCCAGAACAGAACCUGGACAGUAAAAGAUAAUCAAUUGAAGGAAUUCCUCGAUAUCAAAGUGAAACAAAUGAUUGAAACUGUGGAACAGACGAAUGCAGAGGAUAACAAAGAGAGGGAAGAUGAAGAAGACAACGAUGACGAUGACGACGACGACGACGACGAGGAUGAGGAAGGAGAAGUAGUGCGUGAAGUAGAUACUGAUGACGGGAGUGACAACGAUGAAAGAGAGACAAGAAACAUCGAAGAUGUAGCGAAGAGGGAACAUGAUGGUGAAGGGGAUAAAUUGGACUACGAGGAAAACAUAGAGGAAGGGUCAAAUGCACGCGAGGGUCCAGAUGUCGGUAGUCAUCGUGAACUUGAUGCGCACAUGCACGAAACAGAAGCAAAUUCUCGGAAUCUGGCUCCAGAUGACAACUCCCAAUCUACCAAACCACUGGCAGAGUCAGAAAGUGGUGAUGACGAAAUGCUAAUCGAUCACUGA